AUGUUCAACUGCUUCACGCCGCGGCGCGUCGUCGUCGGCGUCGACGUCGGCACGGGCUCCGCGCGCGCGGGCUCGCGCCUGGCGACGGCGUCCGCGGCGAUCCGCACGUGGACCUACGGCGAGGGCGACUUCGUCGAGCAGAGCGGCGACGACAUCUGGCGCGCCGUCUGCCUGAGCGUGCGCGAGGCCGUGUCCAAGGCCGGGUGCCCCGCGGAGGCCGUCGUGGGUUUGGGCUUCGACGCCACCUGUUCCCUGGUCGUCGUCGACGGCGCGGGCGCGGCCGUGUCCGUCGCCGACGAGCCCGUCGUCGCGGGCGACGACGUGCGGAACGUCGUCGUGUGGAUGGACCACCGCGCGACGGCGGAGGCCGCGGCGAUCACGGCGUCGGGCCACGGCGCUUUACAAUGCGUCGGCGGCGUCAUCAGCCCCGAGAUGGAGAUGCCGAAGAUCGCCUGGCUGAAGAAGCACAAGCCCGAGUGCGUCGCGCCGGGCUGCCGCCUCUUCGACCUCGCGGACUACCUGAGCUGGCGCGCGUCGGGCGACGGCACGCGGUCGACGUGCACCGUCGUCUGCAAAUGGAACUGGCACCCGAAAAAGCACUGGGACGACUCGUUCCUGGCGGUGUGCGGCCUCGCGGACCUCCGGCGGUCCUGCGACAUCGGCGGGGCCUUCGCGGCGCCGGGGGCGGCCGUGGGCAACGGGCUGACGGCCGCGGCGGCGCGCGACCUCGGGCUGCCGCGGUCCGUCGCCGUCGCGUCGGGCAUGAUCGACGCGCACGCGGGCGGCGUCGGGUCCCUCGCGGCGUCGGGCGAGCCGCCGGAGCGGACCGUGGCCAUCAUCGCGGGCACGUCGUGCUGCAUCAUGGCCACGAGCCGCGAGGCCGUCUACGCGCCGGGCGUCUGGGGGCCCUACGCGGGCGCGAUGGUGCCGGGCACGUGGCUCAGCGAGGGCGGCCAGAGCGCCGCGGGCAUGCUCCUGGACCACGUCGUCGCGUCGCACGCCGGCAGGCCCGUGGACUGCCCGCCGGGCGAGGUCUACGACUUGUUGAAUUCGCGGCUCGACGCGCUCGCGCGCGAGCGGGGCGUCGCGGUCUUCGAGCUCGCGCGGCACGUCCACGUGGACCCGGACUUCCGCGGCAACCGGGCGCCCCUGGCGGACCCGUCCCGGGCAGGGAGCGUCGUCGGUCUGAAGCUCGAUCCGACGCUCGACAACCUGGCCGUCGUGUAUCUGGCCACCGUGCUCGCGUUGGCCUACCAGACGCGCCACGUGCUGGAAGUGUUGGAGGCCUCGGGCCACGCGCCCUGCGCCGCCGCCGUCGUGACGGGCGGCAUGGCGCGGAACGCCCUCUACGUGCGCGCGCUCGCCGACGCGCUCGACGUGCCCGUGUCGCUGCCGGAGGAGGCCGAGGCCGUGCUGCUGGGCGCCGCGGCGCUCGCGGCGACGGCGGCGAACGCGCACCCGACGCUCCUCGCGGCCAUGGCCGCCAUGACGCGCGCCGCCGACGUCGUCGCGCCGGACCCGAAGCUCCGGACCUUCCACGACGCGAAGUACGACGUCUUCCGCCGGCUGAGCGACGCGCAGGCCGACUUCAAGCGGCAGAUGGCCGACGCCUGA